AGUUAAUGGUGAAAUGUCUAGCAAAUAACUGCUUUAGCCUAAAAUUAUAAUUUGAAAGGAAAAAGACGUAGACACUGUUUUGGCAGGUGUGAAAAAAGAAAGAAUUUUUUGUAUAUUCGUCAUAAUUAUUUCUUGAUUCUUUUUGGUUUUUUGCCCUCGGUAGGGAGCCAAGUGCUAGAUCAAAAUUACCAUCGCAUUGUAAGAAAAAUAUACACAUAAAAUUUUACUAGACUGUCAAGUUAAAAGUUUCGAUAUCCUAAAUACUAUUUUGCUCACUAUAUUUUGAGUAAUGAAGUAGAAUGUUAUCACAGCACACUAUGGAUUAUUGAAAUACAGUUUUUGAAAUGUGCUUACACAGAUGUUUUCUUGGAAUUAUAAGUUUCAUUUGCAGAUAAAGAUAAUGAUAUUGAGUAAGAUAUCACCUAUAUAAGAAUCAUGGACGUAAUAUGUUGCGAUACUUCAUCUGACGAUGAAGAUUUUUGUUACACAAAUUCGGUUACAAAAUUGAAAGUUUUGAAAGAAAAAUCAUCCAAUAUACGACAUAUACCUGAAGAUGAAAGAAAGAUUAAGCCUCAAAAACAGGAAAAAAUUCUAGCUGUGGUUAAUGUAGCUAAUUAUAAUGAUGUUAUAGAGGAUGCAACUAGUGGAUUAAUGAUCACAGAACAGUUACCACGUAAAAGUAAACGCAUUAAACAGAAGAGAGUAACAGUGCCUGAAGCUCAACCCAAAUUACGAAAUCGCAGGAAAAAAAAAAAUGUACUGGAUUCAGAUUUGGACAUAAUUUCUGUCGAUGAUGAUGCAGUGAUUUGUGUUGAUGGAAAUGAUAGUUUCUCAAUCUCAUCAUCUUUAAAUACUAUCAAUAAUGAGGAUGAUGAUUUCCCUAUUGAUGUGAAAAUAUAUUGGCGAUAUAGAUCGAUCGUCCACUUUGAACUUCACCAACAUGAAUCAUUCCAAAAAGUUUUUGAACAUUUUGCAGCAAUAGAAUCUGUACCUGUAGAGAAUAUUGUUAUAACGCGAAAGGAAUUGCGAAUCAGUCGGAAUGAUAGUCCAGCUUCCAUAAAUUUGUCAGUAAUAGAUAUUCUCGAAGGAGGAAUAAGUGAUUUGCAGUCAGCAGGACAAUCCAAUGAUAAUGAAUGUGUGGAUGAGACUAUGUGCAAAAUCAAAAUACAAUUGGCUGAUAAGAGAAAGUUGGUUGUUAUGUUGAAAAAUGAUCAAAAAUUCAAAACGGUUUUCCUCAGCUGUGCUGAACAAUUGAAACUCCAGGAAUCAAGAAUAAAACUUCUAUUUGAUGGUGAAGAAAUCAGUGAUUCUGAUACACCGGAAUCAUUAGACCUUGAACAAGAAGCAUGUAUCGACCUUCGAGUACUAACUUAGUAUUUAUGUGAAAUUCAUCGACACGUAAACAAGUAUCAGCUGCUAAAUAUAUGAAAUUAAUUAUUAUGAA